AUGGAAUUCACAAUCCAGCCGCCUACGAACCCGGUGGACCGCCGCCGGCACCAGAACCGCAUCGCCCAGAGGAAGUUCCGCCAAAAAAGAGACCAGAAUCUGGCGGCCACGAGCCGUGCUGCGUGUGGCUCGUCUCCACUGGCGGCCCCUGCUGUCGUCGAUUCAAGCAUCGACCCCCAGCCCAUUGGAGAGGCCACCUUUACUAGCCUCUUGGCUUUCACGCACCAGCCUGAUGCAGCAUUUGCGGGUGAGGACUACCUGGGCCCCGACGCGGCCAGCGCAUGGAGCAAAUCGGCUACACCUGCCGUCGUCGACCCAAACCACGAACCCCAUGGGCAGCCUACAAACCCGCCACCCAUUGAAGAGGUCAACUUUGCUAGCCUCUUAGCUUUUGAGAACCAGCCUAAUACGGCCUUUGCUAGCGAGGACUACCUAGUGCAGCUGCUGUCAAGCGUCGCCGCCGCCGACACAACGUCCACCCCCGACUUGGUGGGCGGAACGGCCAGCGCGUGGAAUGAUAGCGCCGCCACGGCCCUGACUACCACAGGCAAAUCGGCCACACCUUGGCUCGACGACGGCCUAAAUCCGGCGCCGUACGAGCAUGCCAGACCUCGCCAUCUCGGCAGCGUUGGCUCGUUGCACAUUGCAGCGCAGAAGGGGAACGAGCGGAUAUUGCGGCUGCUCCUGCAGCAUCACAGCAAUGCCAACGACAAGGACAGCGACGGCCGCACGCCACUGAUGCACGCUACUAUGUGCGACCACGUCGGUUCCAUGCGGACGUUGCUGGCCCAUGGAGCGCGUAUUGGCGAUACCGACAACGAGAGCCGCUCGAGUCUGCACUGGGCUGUGCUGUGCCGCCGACACAGCGCCCUCGAAGUGCUGCUGGAUUACUACUCUGAGAAAAGCGCCGCCCGGUCUUGUGACAUCAACGCCUGCGACGAUGCGGGGUGGAGUCCGCUGCAUAUGGCCAUCGACCGUGGGUUUGAGGCCGGCGUCGUCCUGCUGCUGGGUCACGGCGCAAAUGUGCAUACCAAGGCGCACAAGGGUCCGUACGCCAAGGGUCCGAGCCCUGCCCCGGCUGUCUAA